UCUCCAUCACACCCGCUGCGUAUCCACCUCCUUCUCUGCCUCUCUCCUCCCUCCCCCCCCACCUUCGCACUCGGUAGGUAAGCCACUCCGCAGUAUAAAACCUUAAGGGGUUAGACAGACAGGGUCGCUACAACGAUUUCUUCUCGCCUGCAAAGAAGAGCACAGUCGCGCCAGUAUAUACAGAACGCAAACCCGGUGGGGGACAACGGUAGACUGGGGAAAUAGGGAAGGGUGUUUUUUUUAAGCAAGGACUGGCUCCGCGGUUGUGACGCUGCGACCAGAGGAUGCGGUGAGAUGAAGCGAGCGUUGACACUGAUUAUAUAAACAGAACAAGAAAGCUCAAUAAUUACCCUGGUUUUAGAAGAUUACAACUGGAUCAAAUUAAGAGACAAAACAACUAAAACAAACAGGCAACCACAACAAUGGAUCAUCUCAUUUGAGUCCCUACAUCGAAGCUGCUACAGGCGUCCCGCUCUUCUCUCUCCGGGCCCCUGGUCGUACCCCUCAGUGCUGGGGAGCCCUGAUGAGUGACAGCUGGCCAUGGCCUGCAUCCACGAGCCCCGGGCCCAGUCCCCGUCCCUGUCGGGAUUCAGCACGCCCCUCUCCGAGCCCCCGUUCCGGCGGCUGGACGCCGAAACCCCCGCCUGCACCCCGGAGAUGGACCUGACCCCCACCCAGUGCGUCCUGCGCAACGUCCUCUCCAUCGACACGGGCGGCGGGGGCGGCGGCGGGGGGGGCCACAGCCCCACCCCCAGCGACGAGCCGCCCGAGCACUUCGCCAACAGCGUGCUGAAGCUGCACGAGAACGAGGCGGGGCCGGGCGGGGCCGGGGCGGAGGCGGGGCAGAGCGCAGAGGGCGGGGCCGUCCGCAGCCAGGCCGAUGACAUCCGGCUGCAGUGCCAGUCCGGGGGCGGAGGCUUCCUGGAGGGGCUGUUCGGCUGCCUGAAGCCCGUGUGGACUAUGAUUGGCAAGGCCUACUCCACUGAGCACAAGCACAAUCAUGAAGAGCUGUGGGAGGUCCCGUUCGAGGAGAUCUCGGACCUGCAGUGGGUCGGCAGCGGGGCACAGGGGGCCGUCUUCCUGGGGAAGUUCCACGGAGAGGAAGUGGCCGUGAAGAAAGUGCGCGACAUCAAGGAGACCGACAUCAAGCACCUGCGAAAGCUAAAACACCCCAACAUCAUCACUUUCAAGGGCAUCUGCACCCAGGCGCCCUGCUACUGCAUCAUCAUGGAGUACUGCGCCCAGGGGCAGCUGUACGAGGUGCUCCGGGCGGGACGCAAGAUCACCCCCUCCCUGCUGGUGGACUGGUCCAUGGGCAUCGCCGGGGGCAUGAACUACCUGCACCUGCACAAGAUCAUCCACCGGGACCUCAAGUCCCCCAACAUGCUGAUCACCUACGAUGACCUGGUGAAAAUCUCGGACUUCGGCACCUCCAAGGAGCUGAGCGACAAGAGCACCAAGAUGUCCUUCGCCGGCACAGUGGCGUGGAUGGCGCCCGAGGUCAUCCGCAACGAGCCCGUCUCCGAGAAGGUGGACAUCUGGUCUUUUGGGGUGGUCCUGUGGGAGAUGUUGACGGGGGAGGUGCCCUAUAAGGACGUGGACUCCUCUGCCAUCAUCUGGGGGGUGGGGAACAACAGCCUGCAGCUGCCCGUGCCGGAGAGCUGCCCCGACGGCUUCAAGAUCCUGCUCAAACAGUGCUGGAACUGCAAACCGCGGAACAGGCCGUCCUUCCGGCAGAUUCUGCUACACCUGGACAUCGCUUCAGCAGAUGUGCUGUCAACCCCGCAAGAGACGUACUUCAAAUCCCAGGCCGAGUGGCGUGAGGAGGUGAAGCAGCACUUUGAGAAGAUCAAAUCAGAGGGGACCUGUCUGCACCGACUGGACGAGGAGCUGAUCGUCCGCCGCAGAGAGGAGCUGAGGCACGCCCUGGACAUCCGCGAGCACUACGAGCGCAAGCUGGAGAGAGCCAACAACCUGUACAUGGAGCUGAACGCGGUCAUGCUGCAGCUGGAGCUGAAGGAGAAGGAGCUGCUCAGGAGGGAGCAGUCGCUGGACAAGAAGUACCCGGGUCUCUUCAAGCACCACAGCUCCAGGCAAGGGAGCUCCUCCAACUCCAUGGAGAAGCUCAUCAAGAAGCGAAACGUGCCGCAGAAACUGCCCUCCAAGAGGCCUGACCUGCUGAAGUCGGAGGUGAUCCUGCCCAAACUGGAGUCCUCCAUGACCCAGGUGACCAUCCCCUCCUGCCAGAACAAGGGGUCCACCUCGCCGGGACGGUCCCGCCGGGGAAAGCCGCGCUACCGCAAGGCCAGCAAGGGGAGCAGCGGGGACCUGGCGGGCCUGAAGGCCAGCCUGUCCCCGCCCUGCCCCGCCCCCGCGGCCCCCCCGGCCCCCGUGGCCGCCAAGCAGCAGCCGCAGCACCUGGACCCCAGCGCGGCCCUGCGCGGGCUGCAGCACGACCUGCUGCUGAAGAAGCUGUCCUCCUCCAGCCCCGACCUCAUCUCCACCACGCUGGAGGCCGAGGGCCGUCGCCACGGCAACCUGGAGCGCGCCGCCGGCGCCAGCCUCAGCGCCUCGGCCGGGCUGGGCGGGGCCGGGGCGGGCGGGGGCGGGGCCGGGGGCGGGGCCGAGCUGGAGGCGGCCGCGGCCGAGGACCUGACGGAGACCCCGCCCCGCAGUGACACGCCCAGCGAGGACGCCGCCUCCAUCCCCUUCUCCAGCAGCCCGGACUCGCCCUGCGGGAGGGGGGGCGCCGCCGCGGGGAGGGGCCCGCUGGGGCCCCCCCGCCUGCCCCAGGACGGGGACGACAAGGAAGACGGGCCCAGCGUCAGCUGCCGCUCGCCCGGGGGGCUGCCAGGGGCCGGCGGAGGGCGGCACCUCACCCCCGCCGCCAUCCUGUACAGGGCGGCCGUCACGCGCAAACAGAAACGGGGCGUGUCCUCCGAAGAAGAGGAAGGGGAAGUCGACAGCGAGGUGGAGUUGCCACGGAGACGCCGGCCCGUCAGCAUGACGAAGUGCCAGUCGCUGUCCACCUUCAGCUCGGAGAACCUGUCGGUCUCGGACGGGGAGGAGGGCAACACCAGCGACCACUCCCACAGCGGCACGCCGGACGUGGUCAGCACCAACACCGACGAGCGGCUGGACGACAAGAGCGACGACCUGCUCUCCCAGGGCUCCGAGAUCCCCGCCGACGCCGCCGAGGCCGCGCAGGCCUCCGACGGGCUGUCCGAGAAAGAGGCCGCGCUCCGGCAGGUCAAAACGCAGCUCACCUACGAGAACCAGGCCCUGUACGAUGACUCGGACUGCGACAGCGCGGAGCUCGACCAUUCAGGCAGCGCGGACGCCAGCCGGCCCCCCAGCACGGGGGCCUGGUAAGGAGCCAGCUCCCCAAGGCCCGACGGACAGUCAUCUGUACAGACGGACGAGACCCCCCCACCCCUGUACAAACACCCCGCCCCCCACCCUGUAAGACUACAGAAGACUAAACGUCACUGGUCCUUUUAUCAGAUUCCUCUUCCCCUUAUGCAUCUAUCAUUCUUUUAACAUUUUUAGACUUUUUUAUUUUUUUUUUUUUGGUUGUCAUUGUCAUUUUGCAACAAAGAUGGUCUAUUUUUCAAAGACCGCCAGAUUGCACGGCGAACCGGAUCACGUCGGAAAACGAGUCCAGGAUUUUCCUUGCGUGGAAAAAAAGGUCAUCAGGUGAUAAACGGACCAUAAACCAGGUGACACCGUUCAUCUUCAGAGCCAAGAGACACAACUAUAAUGGGAAGAACAAAAAAAACAGACAGCACUUAAUCUCCAUCUGCUUUACCUCCUUUUCUUCCACCCACCAGCAGUCACGGGAAACGCUGUCAGGUGGCGCAUCCGUUACUGCACACGCCACGCGCACUGAAGCUUAUUUUUGUACGAACCACUAGAGGGCGCCGUUUGGGCAAGAGAAACAGCAAGCUUAUUACGCUACGCUCCACGUGGGACGCAAAGACGGGUUGUAACUGGUGGAAAGAAUUCAAUCAUGUUUACAUUUUUUUUUUUAAUUAUUAUUUUUUAUUAUUUUUAAAUUAUUUUAAUGGUUUACAAUAUAUUUUUUUAUAUCAGAGAUUAUGUUGUCAUUUUAAAUGUUCCGUAUUUUAAAUUAUCAUCUAUGUAAAUAUAUUAUGUCUUUACACUGUACAAAGUGCAAAUUUUAAAAAGGUAUAAUAAUGUUGACACUGUACUAUACAUUGGUGCUGACGUUCUCAACGGGAAGGAAGAAACAGUACGGCCAGUACACAAGGUGCUGCUCACGACAGGGAAAUCAUGGGAGGGGGGGAGGAAACAAUGGCUUUCAACAAAGCAAUAUUUCAACCCCCUACCCAUCACCCAUCACGUUGCAAGCUACAAUCCAGUACCAUCAGGGCAGCCAUGUUAGUGGCCAGAUGGGCAUAUUAAUUAGGUAUUGUAGUGUUAACAUUUGCUACUGAUGGCGUAGGUCAGACAAGUAUCCGUUUAAAAUAAAUCCAGUACUGCAUAGCAUUUCAACACCACGUGCAACAGACUGUACAGAAAAUAAAAAGCAUGUUUGUAAUAUAGUAUGUGUAACUCAGAUUGUAUUUUGAAGUCGAUUCCAAGCCACUUGGGGUCCCACACCAAUCACCUGAGAACAAUGUUAAACGAAGUUCCCCUUCAACACACGAAUGAACAAAUCUUUGACCUUCCAAUAAAAGGAGUGCUGGUAUUGGUCUAGUGUCUCACUUGUUUCCACUGAAUUGGGCGAUUAUACAGAGUCCGUUGUGUCUAUGGCAAUGCUGAGAGAGUUCUACAUGCACAGACUACCUUCCACAAAGACCUUGUCAGGUUCAAUUUUAUAAGCUAGAAAUGGCAGCUUCUGUGUUUGUUAGAAGUUUAUAGACUUGUUGGUGUUCAUUUUCAGAAAAGCUUAGAUUUGUACAUAAUAAAAAGACACUUACAUUUUGUCCCAUUAAAAAAAGAAUUACUUAAAUGAAAUGUCUCAUGUCUUCAGUUUGAUGAAACUGAUGCAAUCUCCUAUCCACAAAGAUCCCAUCGCCAGUACCGCAACGCAAUACUGCCCCCUGGUGGCCGGAAGGAAGAGGCACUUGUAAGUUCCCAGUACUGGGAAUCAAAAGAGCCUCCUUUGAAAGGGUUUUAUACUGCAUUGCAUAUUGUAUCUGUGUACUGUAGCAAAUGUAUUUAAAAGGCUAAAUAAGAACACAAAUUAAAAUGACACUGAUAAAACA